GUUUGAUUUGGUUGUAGAAGAAACCUAUGAGCUGGUCGUUUAUUACCCGUUCUCGUCCACUCAUCAAUAUCUCUCCUUCAUUAAUUUGACUUUGAUAUCUUCCAAAAGCAGAGAGAUGGCUGUUGUCUGUGUCCUGACGCUCCUGAUAGUCGGCCCCGCCAAUUAUGCAUGCAGUAAACUUGGCUGGCUGGGUCUGGGAUGAAGGGCGCGGACCCCGCACCCUACUGCUUUUAUCUCUUUGCAUACGAGUGUUGAGUGAGCGUCUAGUCAUACAACUCCCUCCUUCCUCGACCCGCUUCUUCUCUUCGUGCUGAUAAAUAUAUCAAAGACUAGAAGGGAGUACUUCUCAAUCUACAUUUUGUUCUUUGCACUCGUUUUCUUCGAUGUGGAGUUGUUCACUUGCUCAUGUGUAUUUUUUCCCGAUGACAACUCUCUAACCCCUUAUUUUGAUUCUUGAUAUCUUACGAGGAAAACCAAUUCCAAGACCUCUAACUACAAUUCUUUCAAUGAAUAUCCACAUCCCCUAUUGCGCAAGGAACAUACAAGAUGAAGAUGUUUGCGGGUAAGAUUCGAUACCUGACGGGGCACUACGAAGUCGGAUGUGAAAAUGGGGAAACAGCUGAGGGUACGCCCUACCGACUUUUCUUUCCGAUUUGCCUGCGAGAGGAUGCGGCUACUAGUUGUAGUGCGAAAGUCUCUGGAUCUGGAAAUGAAGAUAUCAGAGUCGAAGGAGGAGCUACGUCUAUGUUGAGCAGUUCUACUUCUAGAGUCGUUCCUGCAGUUUCAGGCCUACUGCAAAGAAGGGAAAGGCACGUGCGUGACUGGCGUCAGUUCGCUGACGGUCAAUACAACGUUUUUACAGCUGGUGCAGGGCGCUUGCAACUUCGUUCAGGAUACAAACUUCCGAAAUCGGUCCACGAUGGAUUUCGAAUUUUUGGCUUCUUUCUAGCGGUAUUGUUCAACGUUCUGACGACAAUCAGCAUCGAGCUUUAUUCGUUUUGCAAUUGGACCGGCUUCCCAAAAAACUUGAAUUGUUGGGAUGUCCUCGAGAAGCUCUCCAUGAAGUUGAAGAUAUCGUGUUCUUCUUCUUCUACCUCGUGGUCUUUGCGGCUUUGCGAAGCAGUAGCGCAAAUUGUGCACUCAGUUUUUCGGUUCAAUCAAAUGCCAGUCUGGUGUGCGGAUUAUAGACAUGUAGCAGAAAUCAUGAGCAACUACACAUCUUCUUCCGAAAGUAGAAGCACGACCACGAGGACGAUGAGCAGCUUUCCAGUCAUCGUCUACAGUCAUGGUUUUAUGGCAGGAUCUUCUUUUCUUGUUAGAGUACUUCAAAAAGUUAGUAGAUAAUCGGAGUGGCGAGUGCAAGUGCAGCUGCAGCUUGUCUUGGAGACACAGGGUCAAGAACAAGUGUGCGCCUGCCCUAUUUCUCUUUCUUGUUCAUAGAAUUGACGGCAGCAAUGGACGAGCAUUGUAUGAUGUGCGCGGAGUGGGCAUCGCAUGGGUAUCGCGUGGUGGCUCUCCAGUUCCAAGACGGCUCUUCUUGUCAGGUCUUUCAGUAUGGUAGGGAGCCGAUUCAAUAUUAAGGCUUCAAGAAAUCCAUCUUAGCCAGCAUCGUGGAUCCGUGUCUUAGGGAAAAACGGACACCAAGAUUCACCUCAAGACGGAUUUCUGGCAGUUCUAACGUUGCGAAGUUUUCCCGUUUCUUGCAUACGUGCCCGAACGAGACGAAGGGAAAGCCCCACCACCUGUGGAGAUUCUAAAAGACGGCGGCAAAAGCGGUGGCAAAGAAGGAUUAAGCGAAGACGAUAGAGAGAAGCAGAUAGAGCGACACUCGAUCAACAUGCGCGAGCAGAGGGUGGAAGAGAGAGCCGCCUUUCUCUGGAAAACCUGGCUGAGCCUGAAAAAGCGCUACUUCAUCCACGACUACGAUCAACAUCAGCAUAGCAAAUCAACAACAACAAUAUCCUCAUGCACUUCCACUUCUACCCGAACUAGUACAAGCACCACCAAGAAGGUUUUGGAUGUGAAGCCAACGUUAGCGGGUUUCAGUUAUGGAGCUUGUACGAGCCAGUUGUGUGCUAGGGAUCACGCGGACGAAGUUGAUGGGGUAAUCAGUCUAGAUGGCUGGUAUCAUCUGCCUUUCAGCGUCAAAGGCAUCAAAGGGCAUCCUUUCCCAAAACGCGUGGUUGCCGGUGCUGUGUUCGAAGACGAAGAGGAGAGUACUGAAGAUGGUGAUUCCUCUGUGUUAAGAAGUGGACAAGGAAAGAUAAAGGAGGAGAAAGAAAUCAGCAAGGGAGGUAUGAUAUUAAGUGGAGUUAUUUUUGCAGGAGCGGAAUCCGAAGCCACAUCCUCAGCCAGAAGGAGAAAUAGCAACACAGAAAAGUCAGCAUUUGACACAAGCAUAUCAAGUGCGGCUUCUAGUGCCGACGUUGCAAGCAACGAUGCCGCAGAUGAAAGUACGAGUCAACCAUCUGAAGACCAAGUGGACAGAAAGUUCGAGUCGACUCAAUUCUGGUGUAUGUCAGAGGAUUUUGCGCGCAUGCGACCAGUCCGGGAAAUCCACGAUAAGCUUGCAACUUCGGUGAACACGCCGGAUCAUAUAUUCUUAAGGCGCCAAAAAACCUGAGCAUAUCGCUGCUAACAUCUUUGGUCACGUCGAUUAUUUUCAUUUUGACUUGUUCCAACUCCAAGUACGCGCUUGUAUUUUCUUAAUGGAGACGGAUGAGAAGAUUAAUAUGCCAAGGAUGUUGUCGAUCUCAGCACGGUGUUUGUCAUUCUAAUGUUGGUUUACAGGGGCAUCAUCCAUAUGGAGUUGUGCGAGUUUCCGAAUUUUCUCUUCAACGGUUUAUUUUCGUACGUGGUCGUGGACUUCGUACUCUUUUUGGUCCGCGCCUUCACGAUUUUAAGAAACCAUUACAAUGUGGUGAUAGAAGCGGAGUACUCCGCGAUAAAGACAGGGACGAGUUCGUCGUCGUCUGUCAGUACAAGUCGCAGUGGUAGGGGUGGCAGGUCUGAAGCAGGUUCUGGGACGAAAGAGAUAAUGAAACAGAAAUCGAAGGUUGUGGCAGAGUUUUUGAGAAGAUUGCCAGGCAUUUUUUGGGCGGCGAUGGAAUUGGGCGCAGAAUCGUCACACGUCGGUGGAAACAAUCGCAGCACUUCUAGAGAAUCGGCGAUGUUUGACCGAAUAAUGAGGACAGAAAUCAAAUUGAACGAGCUCCCAGAGGACGUCGAAGACUAUCCUUCAUAUAGAUGGUGGCUCGCAGGGAACCCUGAUCGAUGCAAUGUCUACUAUCAAAUGGUUUACAAGACUGUGGAAUUUCUCACGCAAACACUACAUCCUAAGAUGAAAAAGGAGUAAGGACUGAGCGAAAGGAGUUAGGACUGAGCUGCUAAGCAGAGCAAUAUUUUUCCCUUAAUAGCUCUCCCAGCUGAUAAGUAUUUUCCGGCUUUCCGAAUACCCACUACAAUUUUGCGGUAUUGUGAAAGCCUCGCCAAGUUUUUCAACACUCUCUGGCAAGCAAAGGCACGACUGGCUCUUUCGAUCUGCUCGCAGAACAGGCAAAACUCAUAUUUUUGAUCGCUCGUUCUUGUUCUUCAUCUUCGCGUUCUAGAGUCUAGAUCUAGAACUGGAUGAAUUCUCCUGCUAAAUAGAUGACUUAGUUAUCAAACGUAAACGUUUCUCUCUAUCGUAUCUGCCAAUUUUAAUUGUCAACCAUCGCGUUUUGAUGGGAAAGGGAAGAAUGUAAUCUGUCCUGGAUAACCUUUUCAGAGUAGGUUUUCUGUGAGUUGUCUCGCGAAUUGAGAAGCUUCUUCUCCUCAUCGGAAUUGAUGUAGAAAAGUUUUUGGUAAGUGCUUGUUUUUAGGCUAUGAGAGAGCAUAUGAAUAGCCUUAGCACCUAGUGCUUCGGCUUCGUUCCGCGUGCAAGGCGGCUGAAUACAUAUCAUAUCAUGUAACCAACGUUUAUAAAAUAUUGAGCAAACAAAUUUUACCAGUGAAUCGCUUGUCAGUUUCCUUGGGACUCGAACCUGCUAGGACUACCAUUAAUGUCCAUGAAAUGUUGAUUAACAUGCCUCCCCA